ACGUCCUUUUAUAAGCAAGACAACAGACUAAGCAACCCCUCAACACAAGAGAGUAGACUCAUCUCAUCUCUCUCACAAAUCGGAAGGAAGAAGAAGGAAUCUUUGUUUUCUCUCCCUCUUCUUCUUCUUCUUCUACUUUCGAUUAAUCUUGAAUCUGAUUCUACUCUUCUCUAAUUUGGCUGUUUCGAUUUCUGUUAAAAAAAAUUCGAUUUUUUUCGAUUUCCGUUUGACGAUUAAGAAGAAAGGCGAAAGUGAUGGCUGCCGUAAACGGGUAUCAGGGAAACACUCCGGCAGAUCCUCCGGCGUCUAAUGGAUCAAAACAAACCGCGGCUCCGACUAAGACUGUUGACAGCCAAUCUGUUCUCAAAAGGCUGCAGUCUGAAUUGAUGGGCUUGAUGAUGGGUGGUGGUCCGGGAAUAUCUGCUUUUCCAGAGGAAGACAACAUAUUUUGCUGGAAAGGGACAAUCACAGGAAGCAAAGACACAGUUUUCGAAGGGACUGAGUACAGACUCUCACUCUCUUUCUCCAAUGAUUAUCCUUUCAAACCUCCAAAGGUUAAGUUCGAGACAUGUUGCUUCCACCCCAAUGUUGAUGUCUAUGGCAAUAUCUGCUUAGACAUUCUUCAGGAUAAGUGGUCAUCUGCUUACGAUGUGAGGACAAUACUAUUGUCGAUUCAGAGCCUCCUGGGAGAACCUAACAUCAGCUCACCAUUGAACACUCAAGCAGCUCAGCUCUGGAGCAACCAAGAAGAGUAUAGGAAGAUGGUUGAGAAGCUCUACAAGCCUCCCAGUGCAUGAUUUCUGCAAGCUCUUCUGAUCCAUAAAUCUCCACUGCGUUUGAUGAUUUCACAUACAAUCAUUUUCCAGAAGAAACACUUUGUGUCAUUCAUUUGCUUUAUUCUUUGUUUCUGAACAUCAGCAGUUUCAUCUGAACUUUACCUUAAGUUUUUUGACUUGAGCCGAAUAAUGGAAGAAUGUGACAAGUGAGUUUUUCAUAGAAUAGUCAGAAUUCAGAAAGAUAA